AAGUUUCCUAGUGAGAGAGAGGCUGCCAACCCUUUCCAGAAGUCAGGGUGGAACGGCUGGAUGUCGUCAGCGCUGUUUGCGGGGCUGGCCGACCUGGGAGCUGCCCUCCCGUUAAGAAGCAGAUCGUCUGGAGACUCGGCUCACUCGGAGAAGGAUCGCCGACGCGUCCAGAACCACCAACCCUCCCUUUUCUCGCUAUUUUUUAACAGAUCUAAACCAUCCAACAUUUCCAUCUGCAGUUUUCAUGAAUGUUCUGCUGAAGCAGAGGAGCUGAAGAUGAAGAUCAGACUGUCUCUGGCAGCUGUGGUCCUCCUGGCGCUGCUGCUGUCCUCCUCUCAGGCCCAGGAACAAGUCGACCCACCAGCAGAUCUGAAGUUUCAAAUUCUAAAUGAGAAUUCAGUAAAAAUGACGUGGAGCAGAUCGCGGUCACGGACGGAAGGCUACAGGAUCCAGGUGGCCUCCGCCUCAGGAGAAGAACCCCGAGAGUUUUCUGUGGCUCCGACUGUAACUGAGCUCUCCAUCCCAGACCUGAGCCCAGAUGUGGACUAUGUUGUCACCGUGGUGGCGUUUGCCGGAUCAGCGGAGAGUCUACCCGCCUCUGGCCAGAUCACGCUUGAGUCGAGAAGCUCAAGAGGAGGCCCCAGGAAACCAGGUCCUCCAGAGUCCGUCAGAUGCCCUUCGACUGCUGCAGCUGAUGUGGUGUUUCUGAUCGAUGGUUCUUGGAGCAGACCCAAUUUCAAAUUCAUCCGGAACUUCAUGUCUGCGGCUGCUGGAGCUUUUCAGAUUGGUGUGGACAGAACCCUUGUGGCUGUGGUCCAGUUCAGCCCAGACGUCCAGACCGAGUUCAGCCUGAAUCAGCACCCGACCCGAUCGCUUCUGCUGAAAGCCAUUGGCUCACUGCCCUACAGAGGAGGCAGCCGCCGCACAGGCGACGCCCUCAACUACAUCCUGACUCACACGCUGACCGAGGCUGCCGGAGCCAGGAAAGGGUUUCCAAAAGUGCUGCUGAUCAUCACAGACGGUAGAUCUGAUGAUGUGCUGGAGAGUUCUGCCCUGCAGCUGAGGAGUGCGGGGGUGGAGAUCUUUGUCCUUGGUGUCCAACAUGCCAACCCAGCAGAGAUGAUGUCAUACGCCUCCACGCCGUACACCAACCACGUCUAUAAUGUGUCCAGGUUUGAGCUGAUAAAGAGCUUGCAGAGCCAGCUGAUUACUCAGGUGUGCUCAGGUGUGGAGGAACAGCUCAGUUCUCUAGUCAGCAAAGAAGAAGUUGUUGAUCCGGCAUCUAGCCUCAGAGUCUUAGAGGUGGCCUCUAAGUCCAUGCGGGUUACAUGGGACGCCUCCUCUGGGGACAUCUCUGGAUACCGGGUUGAGAUGAACCCCCUGAUGACGGGCAGCAAAAGGCAGGAUAUCUAUGUGGGCUCCACCCAGACCUCAGUGGUGGUCAGAGACCUUUCCCCCAACACAGAAUACCAAGUCAGAGUUUCUGCUCUGAGGGAUCUGAUGGUCAGUGAGCCCAUCACGGUCCAGGUGAAGACGGAGCAGGUCAAAGUGUCAGUGGAGUGCUCCCUCGGCGUGGAUGUGCAGGCCGAUGUUGUUCUCCUGGUUGAUGGAUCCUACAGCAUUGGUGUCACCAACUUUGCCAAAGUCAGAGCUUUCCUUGAAGUUUUGGUGAACACCUUUGUCAUUGGGCCAAGAAAGGUUCAGAUUGCCCUCGUUCAGUACAGCCGGGACCCCUACACUGAGUUUUACCUGAACACUCAUCAAGACGUGAACACUGUGGUCAAGGCCGUAAGAACCUUCCCUUAUCGUGGUGGUUCCACCAACACCGGCAGGGCCUUGACUUAUGUCAGAGAGAAGAUCUUCCAGACCAGCAAGGGUGCACGUGCCAGUGUUCCCCGCGUGACCAUCCUCAUCACUGAUGGGAAGUCUUCUGAUGCUUUCAAAGACCCUGCCGCCCAACUGAGGAACGCUGAUGUGGAGAUCUUUGCAGUGGGUGUGAAAGACGCUGUGAGGAGUGAGCUUGAGGCCAUUGCUAACCCCCCUGCUGAGACCCAUGUGUACACUGUAGAAGAUUUUGAUGCCUUCCAGAGAAUCUCUAAGGAGCUCACACAGUCCAUCUGCCUGAGGAUUGAGCAGGAGCUCCGCAGUAUCUACCAGAGACAACUGAUCCAACCAAAGGCUCUCACCUUCUCUCAAGUCCAACCCAGAAGCUUCAGGGCUUCGUGGCAGGUUGAUGCUGACAACGUAGAGUUUUUUUUAGUCCAGUUCAAGCCAGAAGAUGACUCUGAUGGACAUUACGUGUCCAUGUCUGUUCCUGGGGACACCCUGUCUGCCCUCCUCCCCCACCUCACCCCUCUGACCCGAUAUGAAGUCAAGGUUUCUGCUCAGUACGCUAAAGGAGACAGCUUACCUGUGAGCGGCUCUGCGACAACUCUAGAAGAGGUGGGUUCCCCAAGCAACCUGGUCACCAGUGACGUCACCGACACCAGCUUUAUGGCUUCCUGGACAGCAUCUCCUGGGAAGGUCAGAACGUAUCAAGUUAGAUGGAAGUCUGUGUUCUCGGAUGAGUCUGGAGAGAAAAACCUGCCUGGAGACAUGACGUCCACAGUGUUGGAGGGUUUGAGUCCUGAGACACUGUACCAAGUCUUUGUGGUAGCUACCUAUGGCUACAGGGACAGCGAUGUCCUCAGCGGGUCGGAGACUACAGAAGCUUCUGCCGCCACUAAAACCCUGACGGUGUCAGAUGAGACGGAGCGGACUAUGAAGGUCACAUGGACUCCAGCUCCAGGACAUGUGGUCAACUACAGGCUGAAGUAUGUCCCCAGGGCUGGAGGCAAAGAGGUGGUCCUGAAGAUCAGCGGGACAGCCACGUCCACCAUCCUGAAGCGCCUGCAACCCCUAACUACCUACAGCAUCACGGUUCUACCCAUCUACAAGCGUGGGGAAGGAAAAGCAAGGCAAGGAGUAGGAACCACACUAUCACCCUACAAGGCUCCCAGGAACCUGCAGACCUCAGAACCCACCAAGACCAGUUUCAGGGUCUCCUGGGAUCACGCACCUGGAGAUGUUAGGGGCUACAAGGUGUCCUUUCACCCCACAGGGAAUGAUGUGGAUCUGGGAGAGCUCCUGGUUGGCCCAUAUGAUAACACCGUGGUCUUGGAGGAGCUCAGGGCAGGAACAAAGUACUCCGUUUCUGUCUUUGGGAUGUUUGAUGGAGGUGUGAGUUCUCCUCUUGCAGGGGAGGAGAAGACUACUCUUGUGGAAGACCAUGAAGCUCCUCUUCUCCAUCCUUCUGACAAUCAGUGCAAGACCUCAGCUAAGGCUGACAUUGUGCUGUUGGUCGACGGCUCCUGGAGCAUUGGUCGUGCCAACUUCAAACUAAUUCGUAGUUUCAUCGCUCGCAUGGUUGGUGUCUUUGACAUCAGCCCAGACACGGUCCAGAUUGGUCUGGCACAGUACAGCGGAGACCCAAGGACAGAGUGGCACCUGAAUGCCCACACAACCAAGGAUUCGCUGCUGCAGGCUGUCAACAAACUGCCGUAUAAAGGAGGAAACACCAUGACAGGAAUGGCGUUGAAAUUCAUCCUGGAGAGCAACUUUAAUCCUAGUGUGGGGAUGCGUGCGGAUUCCCGCAAGAUCGGUGUUCUGAUUACAGACGGGAAGUCUCAGGACGAGAUUGUUGCCAGCUCUCAGAAUCUGAGAGACAACGACAUUGAGCUCUACGCUAUUGGUGUGAAGAAUGCUGAUGAGAAUGAGUUGAGGUCCAUCGCCUCUGACCCCGAUGAUAUCCACAUGUACAAUGUACAAGACUUCAAGUUCCUGACGGAUAUUGUCGACAGUCUCACAGACAAUCUGUGCAACAGCGUCAAAGGUUCAGAUUCUGAACUAGGGGCUCCUACCAACUUGGUGACUUCAGAGGUAACCUACCAAUCCUUUAGAGCCACCUGGACAGCUCCCAACACACCUGUGGAAAAAUACAGGGUUACCUACGUGAUGGUGAGCGGGGGACCCACUCUGGAGCUGUUGGUUGACAGUACCUCGACAACCGUGCUGCUGCCCGACCUGACGCCCCUGACCCAGUACAAGGUCAAUGUUUAUGCCAUAGCUGGAGACGUGAGCAGUGAGCCUCUUCAGGGCUCAGAAACCACCUUGCCUCUGCCAGCUGUGAAGAACAUGAACGUCUACGAUGAGACCAUGAACAGCAUGAGGGUGAAGUGGGAUGCUGUACCUGGUGCCACUGGGUACCUGCUGCUCUACAGAUCCAUCAAUGCCUCCGAGCCUCAGGAGGAGAAUGAGAUUCGUGUUUUGGGAGAUGUGACGAACACCCAGCUGCUGCAGUUGAUUCCCAACACGGAGUAUUCCAUCAGCGUCUUGGCCCGACACGGCGAGAUGACCAGCGAUGCUCUGGAAGACCGCGGAGUCACCUUACCUGUUCCUCCUGCCGGAGCCCUGAGGAUCUCUGAUGUCACUCACAGCAGCAUGAAGGUGAACUGGGACGCAGCUCCUGGAGCCGUUCGUCAAUACAUCAUCACCUAUAAACCCGAGGAAGGAGAUCUGAAGGAGGUUGAAGUUAAUGGUGACAUCACCACCCAGGUUCUGACCAGUCUCAUCUCUCAGACUGAGUAUGAUGUUGCUGUGACUCCGGUUUAUGACGAAGGCCCUGGGACCGUGAUGCUUGGAACUGCCGUCACAGAUGUUGUUCCUGCUCCCAAGAACUUGCAAUUCUCUGAGGUGACCCAAACAUCGUUCAGGGCCGCGUGGGAGCACGGUGCCCCUGAUGUGGCCUUGUACCGACUCACUUGGACCAAGAAGGGUGAAGCUGCCUCUCAGGAUGCCAUCCUGAAUCAUGAUGAGACCACCUACACCAUGGAGAACCUGGACCCUGACUCAGAGUACCUGGUGACGGUCACAGCCAUCUACCCUGAUGAAUCAGAGAGUGAAGAUCUGAUGGGGAGCGAGCGGACACUGUUAAAGGCUUCAGAUGUUCCUUCUGAGCCUCCUCGAAACCUGCGUGUGUUUAAUGCCACCACCUCCACAUUGUCUGUGAGGUGGGAUGCUGCCCCUGGACCUGUCAAGAACUACAAGAUCACCUACAAGCCCCUGGCUGGAGGGGAGCCGCUCUCUGUUCAGGUUGGAGGGAAGAAGACCAACAUGAUCCUGCAGCAGCUGCAACCCGACACACAGUACACCGUCACCGUAGCUGCCGUCUAUCUGUCAGGAGUAAGCCAGGACAUCUCUGGAGAAGGCAAAACAAAACCUUUGGGCGGUGUGAGGAACCUCCAGGUUCUGAACCCAACCAUGACCACACUAAAUGUGCGAUGGGAGCCAGCUGAAGGCCGAGUGGUGGAGUACCGAGUCAUUUAUGCUCCUGCUGCUGGAGGAGCUGAGAGCAUGGAGACGGUGUCAGCCGGAACCACCACCACAGUCCUACGAAGCCUGCAGCCUGACACACUCUACACGGUCUCUCUGGUUCCGGUUUAUGCUGGAGGAGAUGGGAAGACUAUGUCUGAAAAUGGAAAAACAAGGCCUCUGGGGGGAGUGAAGAACUUAAGAGUGACUGAUCCGACCAUGACAUCCCUGAACGUUAACUGGGAUCCAGCUGAUGGAGCCGUGCGACUCUACAAGGUCUUCUAUGUUCCCUCUGCUGGUGGACAGGAGGAGAUGGAACAAGUUCCUGUCGGCACCACUUCCACCAUCCUAAGGAACCUGCAGCCGGAUACCCGCUACACGGUGUCAGUGCAGCCAGUGUACCCGGCUCGAGAAGGCAAACGGCAGUCUGAGGAUGGAAAGACCCUGCCUUUAAGUGGAGUGAGCGGCUUAAAGGUGACAGACCCGACCAUCACCACACUCACGGUGCGGUGGAACCCAGCUGGAGGCAAUGUUCAAGGCUACAAGGUUGUCUAUGUUCCUGUAGAUGGAGGUCUGGAGAUCGUGGAGUCUGUCUCAGAGAGCACCACCUCAACCGUUCUUCAGAAACUCCUUCCUGAUACCCGCUACACCGUCACCGUGGUCCCUGUGUAUGCAGAGGGAGAUGGGCCCAGUCUCACCGACACAGGCAAAACUCGUCCGCUGGGUUUUGUGAGAAACCUGCAGGUGACCGAUCCCACCACCAGCACUUUAAACGUUCGCUGGGAGCCACCUGAGGGAAACGUCCGUGAAUACAUUGUGAUCUGGGUGCCAGCUGCUGGAGGAGAACAGGAUGUGGACCAAGUUCCUGGAACCAGCACCAGCACCGUUCUGAAGGACCUGGAAGCAGACACGGAGUACACCAUCACCGUGGUUCCAGUCUACCCCGAGAUGGAGGGAAAACCGCUCUCUGAAAAUGGAAAGACUAAUCCUUUGGGUGGAGUGAAGAACCUGAAAGUUACGGAUCCAACCAGUAGCACUCUGACAGUUCGUUGGGACCCAGCAGUGGGGAACGUUCGUAGCUACAAGGUCCUGUACGCAGCGCAGCCGGGAGGAGAGGAAAAAAUGGAGGAGGUGUCCGGAGGCUCCACCAAUACCAUACUGAGGAACCUGGAUGCAGACACACCUUACAAUGUGGCAGUCAUUCCCGUUUACCCGGAUGUAGAGGGAAUAAGGCAGGAAGAGAAGGGAAAGACCAAACCACUGAGUGGAGUGAAGAACCUCCAGGUGACUGAUCCCACAAUCAACUCACUGAAGGUCCGCUGGGACCCAGCUGAGGGUGAUGUCCAGCAGUAUAAACUCCUUUAUGUCCCUGUUGCAGGAGGAAGCACCAUUAUGACCUCAGUGUCUGGGGUGACCACCAACACGGUGCUGAGGGAGCUGCGUCCAGACACCGAGUACAAGGUGACCGUUGUCCCUGUCUACAUUGAUGGGGAGGGAAAACAGCAGUCAGAGAACGGAAAGACAAAACUUCUAGGUGGCGUGAAGAAUCUCAGGGUUACUGAUCCUACUACCAGCUCCCUUCGAGUGCACUGGGAGGCAGCAGAUGGCAACGUCCGCCAGUACCGUAUCUUCUACGUUCCUGCAUCUGGAGGUGCUGAAGACAUGGAGCAGGUUUCAGGUGGAACCACCAACACCGUCCUCAGAAACCUGCUGUCAGACACUCCCUACAGCGUGACAGUGGUUCCAGUUUACCCUGAGGGUGAAGGUCUUCGCCAGUCGGACAAUGGAAAGACCCUCCCCAGGACCCCACCCAGGAACAUCCAGGUGUACAACCCCUCCCCCAACAGCCUGAAUGUGCGCUGGGAGCCUGCCUCGGGCCAGGUCCAACAGUACCGUGUGGCCUACACGCCUCUGACCGGAGUCAGACCCACUGAGUCGGUUCUGGUUCCAGGAACCAUCGACAAUGCUUUCCUGGACAACUUGAUCCCAGACACUCCCUACUCCAUCGCUGUUUCCGCUCUGUACGCUGAUGCUGAGGGAUCGCCAGUGAAAGGCAACGGCAAAACCCUCCCUCGUGCUGGACCCAGGAACAUGCGAGUGUUUGAGGCCACCACCAGCACCCUGACCAUUGGGUGGGACCACGCUGAGGGGCCUGUGAGGCAGUACAAGAUCUCCUACGCUCCCAUGACUGGAGACCCCAUCACAGAGUUUGCGCUGGUUCCAGGAAACAGAAACAAUGCCAUGCUGUUGAGUCUGAGCCCAGACACUCCCUACAACAUCACUGUGGAGGCCGUCUAUGCUGAGGGACCUGGAGGCUCUCUCAACGGGAAUGGAAGGACAGUUGGCAUGUUGAGUCCCAGAAACCUGCAGGUCUCAGAUGAAUGGUACACCAGGUUCCGGGUGUCCUGGGUACCCGUUUCUUCUCCAGUCCAAGGGUACAGACUCAUCUACUCCCCUAAAGGGAAGGACCAGCCCAUAGACAUGUUUGUUGGUGAUGUGAGCUCAUUCAUCCUGACAAACCUGCAGCCCGGAACCACCUAUGGUGUCAAAGUUCUGGCCCAGUACACCUCUGGUAUAAGUGCUCCACUGAUGGGAGAGGGAACAACACUUUACCUGAACGUGACAAACAUUGAGUCCUACGAUGUCGGCCAUGACAGGUUAUGCAUCAAGUGGAGUCCUCACCGAGCAGCCACGUCCUACCGGAUCAAACUGGACCCCACCGACCGCUCCAGUGAAGGACAACAGGAGACCACGAUCCCUGCUGGACUACCUCAGUACUGCUUUGACGGUCUGUCCCCUGAUGCCCUCUACACCGCCACUGUUUUUGUCCAGACUCCAGACCUGGAAGGACCAGGAGUGGGCACCGACGAGAGAACCUUGGUGAAACCAACCCUGGCUCCAACAAUGCCCCCCACCCCGACACCUCCACCCACCAUCCCCCCUGCAUGGGCCGUUUGUAAAGGUGCCAAAGCAGACUUGGUGUUUGUCAUCGAUGGCUCAUGGAGUAUCGGAGAAGACAGCUUCUCUAAAGUUGUGACCUUUGUCUCCAGCAUGAUCGGCGCCUUUGAUGUAAUUGGACCCUCAGGGAUGCAGGUUUCAUUCGUGCAGUUCAGCGAUGGAGCAACGACGGAGUUUAAGCUGAACACUUAUCAGGACAAAGGCAUCACCAUGGCUGCUGUCCAUCAGAUUCGAUACAGAGGAGGAAACACGAAGACAGGAAUGGCUCUUAAACACACAUAUGAGAAGGCCUUCUCUCCUGAAAACGGGAUCAGAAGGAACGUCCCAAAGGUGGUGGUGGUGAUCACUGAUGGGCGUUCUCAGGAUGAGGUGAAGCAGAAUGCUGCCAGACUGCAGCAUGCAGGUUACAGCGUGUUUGCCGUCGGCGUAGCAGACGUAGAUUUUGUUGAGCUGCAGGAGAUUGGCAGCAAACCCAGUGACAGACACGUCUUUGUGGUGGAUGACUUUGAUGCGUUUGACACCAUCAGAGAAAACCUGAUAACCUUCAUCUGUGAGACAGCAACAUCAUCCUGUCCUUUGAUUUACCUGAAUGGAUUCACAUCACCUGGAUUCAGGAUGCUGGAGGCCUUCAAUCUGACAGAGAAGACCUACAGUCACAUCCCAGGUGUCUCCAUGGAGCCCGGCUCGUUUAACAGCUUCACUGCCUACCGACUUCACAAGAACGCCUUCCUGAACCAGCCCACCCUAGAGCUCCACCCUGAUGGUCUUCCUCACACCUAUACCAUUAUCUUGAUGCUCCGCCUGCUACCUGACUCGCCCACUCAGGCCUUCGACAUCUGGCAGAUGUCUACUCAGAACCACAAACCAGAGACUGGAGUCACUAUCGACCCUCCACAUCCUGGUUUCAUCCACCAGCGUCAGACUCAUGGUGGACUGCCAGGAAGCAGCUGAGAAGGAGAUCACAGCUGCUGGGAACACAUCUCGUGACGGCUACCAGGUUUUGGGGAAGAUGUCCAAAUCCAUUGGUUCCAAAGGAGAGUCUGCAUCGUUCCAACUCCAGAUGUUUGACAUUGUCUGCAGCUUGGCCUGGAACAGCAGGGACAGAUGUUGUGACCUGCCGUCUACGAGAGAUGAGCUGAAGUGCCCCUCCCUCCCUAAUGCCUGUACCUGCACAUCAGAGGCCACCGGACAGCCGGGCCCACAAGGACCAGUGGGAGCUCCUGGCAGCAAAGGCCCCCGAGGUGAAAGAGGAGAGCCCGGUUCUGCUGGGCCAGUUGGGCAGCGGGGAGAAAACGGGCCUCCCGGGCCCAUGGGUCUGCCUGGACCUCAGGGACCCAGUGGGAUGUCUAUUCCUGGCGAGGCUGGUCGUCCUGGACCCAAGGGGGACCCUGGUGAUGCCGGCCUGCCCGGACAAAAAGGUUCUUCGGGUGUCUCAGGUUCUGCUGGCCCAGUUGGACCUGCUGGUGUAAGGGGGCCUCCUGGAAAAGACGGACCAACUGGACCCAGAGGACCAACUGGACCCAUUGGCCCGCCAGGAUCUCCUGGAAUACCAGGACCUACAGGAAAACCUGGAAAUCCCGGAGAAUCUGGUCUUUCUGGAGCCAUUGGUCCAAAAGGGGACAAAGGAGAAAGAGGCGACUUUGCUCCUCAGAACAUGAUGCGAUCCGUUGCCAGACAAAUCUGUUCACAGAUUGUGAAUGACCAAAUGUCUCGUGUCAGCACAUUAUUGAACCAGAUCCCCAAUGGCAUGUACCGCAGCAAUAAUCCAGGUCCCCCUGGGCCUCCUGGAGCUCAGGGCAAUCAGGGACCCCGAGGGGAACCGGGUCCAGCAGGAAGGAGUGGAUUCCCUGGAAGCCCUGGUUUAUCAGGCCAGCCAGGAGAGCGAGGUCCUGCAGGAGAGAAAGGUGACCGAGGAGUUCCUGGAGUUGGACAGAAAGGACCAAGGGGGCCUCCAGGUCUUCCAGGAGAGAGCAGGAUGGGACCUCCAGGCCCUUCCGGUUCCGCUGGACCUCGUGGCCCACCUGGCCGUCCAGGCUUCACAGGAGUCCGCGGCCCUCCUGGACCUCCUGGAUACUGCGACUCCUCUCAGUGUGUUGGCAUUCCCUACAAUGGCCAGGGAUAUAUUGGAACCCGGGUCAUCCCAGUCCACGAGGAGGACCCUCUGCUACAGAACCAGCGUCGAAAGAGGUCGCUACCACGAAGGGCGUCUGACAGACACACAUCAUAAGAUCAGUCGAGUGUUUGUGAAUAUUUGUUUUUGGAGCGUCUGGACGGUGUUUUGAUCAAGCCUGUGAGCCUGUAACAUAUUUGCAUCAAAUUGAAAGGAAGCACUCGUAGAGCUUCACUAUCAGAUGCUUUCAUUGUGUAUCUCCAGAUUUUACAUUUACCCGUUUGACUUCAUUCUGUCCCAGCCUCGUGUACCAAGGGGGGAAUCUCCUGUUUGUGGUGUUUUAACUUCCUGUGUUUGUUUCAUUAAGUUUGAAUCUGUUCCUCAGUUUCUGGUCAUUCUGACCUCACAUUGUUCCAGCUGCAAUUUGUCAAUUCCACAGCCUCAUUUCUUAUUUAUUUCAGGAAACAGAAGAGGCAUUUUUCAAUAAAACUACUGAAAAUCUUAA